UUGCUAUACGUACAGUAAACGGUUAUGGCGCAAACUAGCAGCUGCAGGAAGAAACCUAAUAUACUUAUCACCGGAAUUCCGGGCACAGGGAAGACAACUACGGCGGAUGCCCUGGCGGAGGUGACGGAGCUCCGCCACAUCAACGUCGGCGAAUUUGCUAAUGAGAAAAACUUGAUCAACGGCUGGGAUGACACUUUCGAUUGCUACUAUAUCAACCAAGACCUUGUAUGUGAUGAGCUUGAAAACUUGAUAGAAGAAGGCGGAAACAUAGUUGAUCAUCAGAGCUGUGACUUCUUUCCUGAACGUUGGUUUGAUUGUGUGGUGGUGCUUCAAACUGACAAUUCAGUCUUGUAUGAUCGGUUCACUAAGAGAGGUUACACUGAUCAAAAGCUUGCUAAUAAUACUGAACGUGCAACCUUUCAAGUUUUGCUGGAGGAGGCAAAAGAGAACUAUCCAGAGGAUAUUGUGGUCAUACUAAGAAGCGAUUCUCUGGAAGAUAUUACCAAAAAUGUGGAGACGCUGACCAGUUGGAUUAGUAAUUGGAGCCCUGUAUUAUGAAUUAUGAUUAAGUAUCAGCAGAGCAUAUUAAGGCUACUCACGGGCAGGGGCAGGCCCUGUGCAAGAGGGUUCGUCGAAGAAUUACAUUGUGUAGAUAAGGUCAAAAUUAUUUUAUGUAUAUAUGAUGUUACAUCGCCCUGCUUCUUUGUGUGUCUACUUCCUUAUAUUUUGGAUCCUUUUAGUGAAAAUUCUGGCUCAACCAUUGCUCACAUGGAAGUUAUGUUCUACGGUUUGACUAUUAAGUUUUGGUUUCUUCUUCUCUUUAA